AUGACAGAUAAAAAGAUCACUUUAAUUAAAGACCUCGACAAUAUGAAUGAUGAUUACACACUAGAAAUGUUUAUCAUCCGACUAUGGAGAUCAAUUUCAGAUGUUAACCCCACUAUAGUAAAAUCAAUUGAGAUGAUAUUGAUGAAUGAGAUGUGUACUAAAAUCCGAGCAAGUGUCUAUCCAAGAGAUUUUCAAAGGUUUGAAUCGAAACUGAAAGAAGAUCAAGCUGUUUACAUCCGAUCCCCCACUAUCGCUCCUAACAGAUACACUUUUAAAAUAAGUGAUGUAAAUGACAAGUUAAACUUGCAUGGAAGAACAAUUGUGAAUGAGUGUCUACACUUCCAAUCCAAAAUAGCAUACGGAUUUUCUUUUGUUUCGUUUGAAAGAAUUAUCUCUGCAACAACUACCUCUAAUGAGUCAAUUGGACUACUUUCUGUUAACAGUCAUUUUGACCACACUCGGAUGCUCAUAGAUGUUGAUCUUCCCGAUAUUGUUACCUUCACAGAUAACUUGGUCGGUCUACGAGGACUUCAAAACCCUUCUUCUUCUUUGACUGUUGAUACCUCUCAAUCAUAUUCUGAAUAUGAUGAAUUUUUGGAGAAACACAAUGUUAAAAAAGUUGUCGAUUUGCUAGAACCAGAAGAGGUCGGGAAAUUCAUCAUUGUUGGAACUAUUUAUGGAAUUCGAUAG